GAGAGAGUGGCUGGUUAAAGCGAGCAUUCUGACUUCCAGUUUAUCUUCAGGCUUUGAGGAUCCGGAUUAAUCCCACAGGGGCUGAACGGAACAAGAAGAAACUGUACUGGAUAAUUGAUUCUAUUUUUAAAAAAAAAAAUCAUCAGUAUCUGGGCGUUCAGAUCCAAGUGCCUGGUGCCAGAUUCUUUUAUAAACUGAUCUCACUCGGGAGCUGGACUUUUGUUUUUUUUAUGUGAAGAUUUUAUAAAGGAGGGGGUGGGUUUUGGUAAAAAAAAUAAAGGAACCCCCCCCCCCCCCCAACCAACUCCAAGCCAAAAAAAUAAGUCUCAGUUGUCUUCCAGAUGCAUUCGCUGUUGGAUCGGAAAAAGAAAGAAGCGGGUACGGAGCUGGGCUUCGUGGACAUACCAGCGGACAGCCUCUUGCCUCAAGCCCAGAGGAUGUGGACGUGUGUGGGCUGCCUGUGGGUGUUGCUCUCCUCCUGCCUGGUGGCUGUCUGCAGCUUCAGCUUCAUCUCGCCCGCCUGGAUCGUCAAAGAGAAGAGCAAAGACUCGGUGAGCUUCGGGCUCCUCUGGCACUGCUCCGAGACCGUCUAUAACUGCUACACUUUCGGCGGCCUGGGCAAUUUCGCGGACAUCCCCUCAGGGUCUUGGCAGGUCUUUGGCUCCCUGAAGCAGCUCUCUGUUCCCCAGCCGAUCCCAGGCCCACCGAUCACGCCCCCUAUUGACCUAAAAAUUCAGGCCAAAAAGACGAGUGCUGUUCUGUGCUCCGGAGGCUGCGUUCUGCUGGCUACCAGCGCCCUGUUGGCUAUUGUUACUGUCUUCCUGCCAAGCGGACAGUGUGAGAAGAGGAUCUGCACACUGGCUGGCUACAUGCAAACAACAGCAGUGUUUAUCAUGGCAUCUGGACUUCUGGUCUAUCCUUUUGGAUUGAACUCUCCCCUUGUACAGAAAUAUUGUGGAAAUUCCAGCAUCUAUCACGCAGCAGAUUGUCAGAUUGGAUGGGGUUACAUGCUAGCCAUCGUUGGAGUCAUGCUUGCAGUCUUUCUGCCUUUCUUCUCCAAAUAUGCACCUAAAGAAUCCAGUUCACCAACUCCAAUACCUACAAUUUUAUAGUACUUGUUACUAAAAAGGGACAAAUGUAUCACUGUUUAAAAAAAAAUCCUGCUUUUUAGACUUUCAGAAAUGAACAAAAGAUAUGAAAGCACUUCUUUAAGCUACGAAACAGCAAAAUAAGGUCAAUUUGAUUUAAGUGACCCAAAGUGCAUUACACGAAAAGUCUUCCUGAUUUCCUCAAAGUACACAGUCAGCUGCCAACAUUAGCAAUUUAUGCAAAAUGCUGUAAGGAAAUCAGUUACAAAAUAUGUCCUGUGAGUAGUAUUGCUGUUACACUAACAACCUGAAGCAAAUAUCUAUUAAUUCAGGCAAUUUGUACCAUCACCUGGAUUGGCUGUAGUUUCCAGGAAACUACGAGGUUGGGUGACAGUCAGAUAUAAGAGGGUUCAAUAUGUUGAAGAAUUUCAGUUAUUGUGAACAAAGUAACAGGAAUGGUCUCAGUGAAGACAUCACAGUAACAAAAUAGCUACAUGGUGUUUACUAGUUCCUAAGAAGGAAAUUGAAGCUUAUGCUGUUCAGUGCAGCCUUGAAACCAAGAACUGUGAACAAAUUAGAAAAUAAAGAGCAAUUCUCUGGUUAUAGGGUUCCUUUUUCCAAAGUAUUCUUCUGUUCAAUGCCUGUGAACAUAAGAAUAAACUUUUAACCAGUGUACAGAACUGUCAGGAAACAUAUCUAGAAAUGUGCAUUUUUGAGAUCAAAAUGACAAACGGACGGUUAAUCAGCAGACAACCAGAAUAUACUGAAGAUUUCAGAUAACUCCAGUUUUAAAAGCAAAGCAUAACUUGUCAAAUAACUGGAGAUCUUGUCUUACUUUAUAAUAUAAGAUCAAAAUUUCAGUCAUGGACCUCACACUGAGACUUUUAUCAAACAUUAGCAGAUGGGUAUAAAAAGGAACAAACUAUGGACCAAGGAUUGCAUAUACAAGUAUUUCUAACCAAUGUUGGAAGAUCAAAACAGUGCUUAAGUUCUCAAAGGGCCUGCACACUACUAAAAUCUUUGAAAGCAUUUCAUGCACUGCUCUCCACUAAUGGCUUUUACGAUCAAUCAGUAUGUUUAACUUUUAAAUACAGAACCUCAAAAUCAACCAUUUGACCUUUACGUCAGUAUAAAACAGAUCAGAACAUGUACUACAACCAUAAUGAAACAAAUUCAGAACGACAAUAUGGAUAAAUACUCCAUAUGGUUUUUAACCUUCUUCAGUUAUAACUUAAUACAAUGGUGCCCAUUUAAUAUGCAAUGAAAUUCCUUCUUAUUAAUUCAUUCACUACACACAUUGCCACUUGCUGUGAAUAUGUCCAUUCUGUACAGCUCCAAGAGACAUUGCGUCAAUCUUGUUGGAGUCUAGGAGCUGCAGUGGUAAUGUUGCCAAAUAGAAUUAGCCAAUGAACUAAGAUUUCUUCCCUCUCUACAGAUGCCUCAAUCUAUUACUAGUGUAAUAUUUUAAGAUAAUGAUGUAAUGACAAUUUUUUAAGAAGUUAAGUUGAUUUUACACAAAGCAUUUUCACAAAAGAAAGCAGUUAGAAAUCUCACUGCUAGGUUUAGAUUUACCAGAUUUCUUGGUGUUUCAGUGACUUACAAUUGCUUGUAGUGAAGCUAUUGCUUUAUUAUUUUUCAUUUAAACUGAUUACGUCUUUACCUACUUAGAUGGGGAUCAUUGAUCAUCAUCAGACAUACUAUUAGUUGUUGUACAAUAUUCAACAGUGUUGUAACUCUAUUCACUACAAUACUAGAUAUACAUACUAUCCUUAAGCCAAACAGUCUGAAUGUUAAUGCCACAUAGCACUGACAUAACCUUGAACCAAAUAAAGCAUUAAACUAUUCAAUACAUCUCUGUUGAUGAAACACUAAUUAAAUUGUCAUCUUAAAUUUGGAACAGACAUCCCCUAUCCAAUAGUUUCUUUAUUGUAUGUUUAAAUUGAUCUAUGAAUGCCUAGAGCCUUUAAUAAUACUGAUAGGUCACAAACUUAUCAAUAAAGCAGCAACAUUAAAAUGGCUUAUUCUCAUCACCACUAGUGUUUCAUAACUUUUUCUCUACUUCCAAAUGCUAAUUGAUUGUAAUGGACUUUCCACACCAGAAAAUUAUUCAGCCAGUUUGGCUAGCAAAGUAGGAUAACAGCCUAUUUAAUGAGAUUCACUGAACUAGGAUUUUUCUGUUUCUUUCACCAGGGUGGUUCCACUAAUUUGCAAAUAAAAUAUCAAGACAUAUGGUUUUCAUUUACCCUACAAUGAGAUAAAUUUAUUCCUUUAAUUUUUAUGUUCUGAGUUAGGAUUUGGACUAGGACAGAUUAAAAGAAUAAUUGGAAGCUUCUUGUCUGAUGUUAAAAUAUAUUCAAAUAUGAUAUUUAGAAAAGACCAUAAAUGCAGGUAACAUCAUUAAAAUCUGAGGAUAUCACAUUUUAUUUCACAGCUGCAUCCAUCCAGAACAUGUAUUUGAAGUCCAAAAGAAAAUCAAUAGAUAUCGGGCAUAAAUACCUAUUGGUGAAAAAAUACACAACUAAGAUUCCACUGUCCAUCUAGUUAGGUAUUGUAUCUGCAAAAGUGAUCUUUAGCAGCCAAAAACUCACCCCUACAUUGACAAGAUUCAAUGCAGUUUCAGAUCAAUAGAAAGAAUGAUUGGAUCAGAAUAGAAUUUGAAAGCAGUGACAAUAACCUAAUAAACGCGUCUGAUUUUGCCUUUUUAAAAAAAUUUUACUCUUUUUUUUACAGUCCAGCAGGCAAAACAAAUUCUGAGAUUAAGCUAUUAUUACUUAAUUUCUUUGACAAAAUGAAAUGACCGAAUUAUACCACUGGCCACCCAACAACAUGGAAUUCUCAAUUUAGACACCUUGAGGAAGAUUUCCACUUUGUGUAGUAAAAUUGCCAGCACAUUCUUUCUAAAUGUAUUUGCACAACACACAUAGAAAAUCUUCUCCCCCUAUCUCUAGAAUAUGUAGCUUCAUUGGUUUGGCCUGCAUUCAGGUCUCCGUGUAGUCUAGGCCAGAUUGCUUUUGUAGCAAUAUACAUAUUUCCCUCAAUUUUUUUAACAUUUUAUCCUACCUACAUCUGCCUGAUUCUUUAACCAAAACAUUGGGGCAGAAGCCCCUCGCAGCUGAUCCCACAAUUCUUCAUCUUCAGUUGAUUGGAGGAAACCAUAGUUCUUUAUUCUCUACCCACAGUCCAUUCCCAUCUGACCAAACUCAUGUGAGAUAUUUAGCUCGUCAAGCACCUCAAGAAGAUGUCUAGCCAGAAGUUGACAAAAUCACAUGCACGAUUAACAGAUCAGUGUUAAGACUAUCCUGGGACUCACAGCCACAACCACAGGGAGUGGGUAAUUAAACUGCCAAUUGUUUAAUGCUUUUUAGAUUUAAUGGAAGAGUCCAACAUUUUCUUUCACAACUGAAAUAUAUGUUUUAUGUGAAUGGAAUGCAAAAUGGAACAACUUUCUUAUUGCCAAUCUCUUCCAUUUAAAGCGCAGAAUGAUAUUCCAAACCUUAAGGAACAACUGCAUUUUCAACAGUAUGUACUUAAAAUGGAUGAAAUAACUACAAAAUGAUUCUAUUCCUCUGUCUUACACCAUGUUCUGACCAAACCAAUUUGUGCCUUUUAUGAUCUAACAGCAAGAAGCGUCAAUAAACAAAAUAACCAGGUUUUCAACUUAACGGUUCGUACAAAAGAAGGUUUUGUACAUUGUGUACAAAAAGUGUGUGUUACAUGUUUGGAAUUCUGUUUUGAUAUUUUUUCCUUUUUUGUGUGAACUGAUUUCUAAAUGUUUGGUGUAAAAAGUGGCUGUCCAUUUUUCACAGAAAGUUCUGACCAAUAGAGUGGUGGUCAAAAACCAGUGUUUGUACUUCAAAAAGGUUUCAGGCCAUGGUGAACGUUACAAAGUAUUACAAACAGCUACCCUGGUAAUUGCUUUAAAUUCCAAAGUGAGAGCAGUCAACUUUGGGAAUUAACCAGAUUGACUGCUGGAGGCAAGUAGCCUUGUUCUACAACUAACUAAGUUGGCAAUUUGACCAACAAUCAAAGUUGUUUGAUGGCUGUUUUAAUGUCUUACUGGUCUAUUAUUUAGUUGCUCUGAGCCGAAACCAGGGGUGUAGAUAUAAUUUCAUCAUUUAAAAAAUUAUCUUGAAAUUAUGCUGUGCAAAAGUAUAUAUGUAUGAAAUUCCAUUUCCAUUAUUUUUCCAGCAAUGUUACUCAUUUAAAAAUAAACAAUUCAAUACUACUAUUAACAUUGACGACAAA